UACCGACAACAAUAAAUGCGCGAAAAACUCGAAAAAACGACGCUUGCUUGUACAAAACAGUGAAAAUCAUUCAGAAAAUUCAGAAAACUAACAGACUUGAAUAAAUUUGUAUUUUAAUAUAAUAAGCUACAAAGAUGCCACGCACCAAGGUACCAAAGAACUCGAAGCGCAACCGCGAGGUGGCCAAUCGCGAGGAGAAGGUCCGCUUGUUCGAAUUAAAGAUGGACUCUCGCCUGAUGAGCAUCGACACUCUGGAGACCAAGUUCAUAGGCGAAGUGGACAACAAAGUGAUGUCGGUGCUGUCCGUGAUGCAGACGGAGCUGCGCGACAUGAAAAUGUCCGAAAUCCUGCAUUUGUUCGAGGAGCUGAACCGUUUUGGCGAGUUCAAGGCCAGCGAUCAGACACAGAUGAUAGCAUCCAUGUCGGCAAGCAACAACACCACGGGCGGCCACGGAGUGGUCCCGGGCAGCGGCGGCAGCCGCAACGACGAAGGCUACCUUACAGAGGACAGCACCCUGGGAGCCAGCGGCGGCAGCCUUCUGGCCGUCUCCACAGCUUCCAUGCUGCGAUCGGCCAGAGCCAUGCGGACGCCUGGCCCCCUACACUCGGCCAGGGCCCGUCGCGCCCGCCGCAGUCGCUCGGCCUGCGGGGAGCUGAGUGUCAUCCAUUCGGCCAAGGCCGUCUCUAGCAGCAGCACUAAUGCGAACCGGGUGUCUCGCAGCAAGAUGCGCACUCCGAUGGCCUCGCGGCCCAAGGCAUUCAGUGCCGAUCGCACUCCCCUCAGUCUGCAGAAGAGUCGCACGUCGUCCCCCACUUCGCCGCCAAUGGCCUUCCUGCGCUACCCCAAGCCUGGCGAGGUGGCUCUGUCCAAAUUCGGCAGUCCCAUGGUGGCCCAAGUAAUUCCGGAUAAGUUUGCCAAUGUGAACAUACCCAUUCGGAAUGGCGUCCUGAGCUUGCGCCCCAAGAAACUAGACGCAGGCGAAGUCGUAUCGAACCUGCUGGAUAAUAUCGACGAAGACACCCUGAACCAGAUCAGAACGCUGCACGCCAACUUGCAAAUGAUUGUGAGCAAGGCCAGCCAGACGGGCUUGAAGUAG